UGCUGACGUCGGCAGACUCCUCCUGCAGGGGAAUCCCCGCAAACUCCACGCGUGGAUUUUGCUUUGGGUUUGUUUGAAGCCCGUUUUUUUGUGUUGUUUUGGUCUUUGUUUGAGUACCACGGAACUCAUCACGGCAAGACUCUUACAAGAGUAACGAAAAAAAAAACAUUUGGGGAGAGGAGGUCGGUGAAGUAAAUUAUCGCAAGUAUAUCUGCGAAUCUAAAACAAGCCAUGGCAGAAAGUCAAGAAUUUGCUGACCUGUGGGAGCGAAACCUCAUUUCCACUCAGGAAGGUGGCCCUUGCUGGGACUUGAUCAAUGAUGAGCAGUAUCUUCCAGGCUCUUUCGACCUGAAUAUUUUUAGUAAUGUGCUGACUGAACAGCCUCAGCCUUCCACCUCCCCUCCGACCGCCUCUGUUCCUGUUGCCACUGAUUAUCCUGGGGAACAUGGCUUCAAACUGGGCUUCCCUCAAUCUGGCACUGCCAAGUCUGUCACCUGCACGUACUCGGCUGACCUGAAUAAGCUCUUUUGCCAAUUGGCGAAAACGUGUCCAGUUCAGAUGGUGGUGGACGUUGCCCCUCCCCAGGGCUCGGUGAUCAGAGCCACAGCCAUUUAUAAGAAGUCCGAACAUGUGGCUGAGGUGGUCCGUCGAUGUCCCCACCAUGAGAGAACCCCAGAUGGCGAUGCAUUGGCUCCUCCUGCUCACCUGAUCCGAAUGGAAGGAAACUCGCGUGCUGUUUACAGAGAGGACGACAUAACCUACAGGCACAGUGUGGUGGUUCCCUAUGAAGCUCCUCAACUGGGAGCAGAAUGGACAACUGUUUUGUACAAUUUCAUGUGCAACAGCAGUUGCAUGGGUGGCAUGAACCGCCGACCCAUCCUCACAAUCAUCACUCUGGAGACUCAUGAAGGUCAGUUGCUGGGCCGCAGGUCUUUCGAGGUGCGUGUGUGUGCGUGCCCAGGCAGAGACCGGAAAACUGAGGAGAGCAACUUCAGGAAAGACCAGGAGACCAAAACCUUGGGCAAGACCCCUUCUACCACCAAACGCAGCAUGACUAAAGAAUCAUCUUCAUCCACACCUCGACCUGAGGGCAGGAGGAAGGCCAAACUGAGCGCGAGCAGUGAUGAGGAGAUCUAUACCCUGCAGGUGAGGGGUAAGGAAAGGUAUGAAAUGUUGAAGAAGAUUAACGACAGUUUGGAAUUGAGCGACGUGGUACCUCCAUCUGAUAUGGACAGAUACCGGCAGAAAUUAUUCACCAAGGGCAAGAAGGAGAAGGAUGGCCAAACGCCUGAGCCCAAAAGAAGCAAAAAACUAAUGGUUAAAGAUGAAAAAAGUGACUCGGAUUAGGAUGGUGGGAUGCUGAACAAAAAAAAAAAAAGAAUAGUUUUGCCUUUUUUGACUGCCUUUAUUUUGCCUUUGUUUGACUAAAACAGCUUGUCAUAGAGAGCAUUUGGUGAAUUGUGGACCCAUGAUCCCUCAGUCCUGUAUGUCAUUUUUCAUCUUGUUCACUCUACUGGGACCUUUGUAAGUCAGCUGAUCCAGAAGAGAUCUAUAUGAAUGAGGAUAGUUGUGUUGUAGGUGUGUAGUACUUUAUCAGUACUGACCCAUCAUUUAGCAAACCCGAUAAAUGAAUGUCCAGCAGUGAGGUUUAGCUGUGUGUGUGGGAUUUUUCCUGUUGUAGGUCAGUGCAGGUCACUUACCUCCCAACACGUAGUUUCUGCUCUCUGGUAAGGUUAUAAAUUUGUCACUGACUUGCUGGAUGCCCACUUUGUUGAAAAUGUACUAAUACCAGUAUUUUGUAACCUGUUUUGUAACCAAGUUUUUUUUUUUAAGAAGACUAUUACAAGCCAAUAGCUAUAAUAAAAAUA